CUUGUCCGUUCGUAAAUUUCUCAAACGCCUGCACAUUGCCAGGCACCUUAAGGGAUCCCUGGCUGAAGUCUAUGUUGAAUCCUUCUUGGUGGAGCAGAAGAGAGGAGUUGUUCUCUCUUGCAGGGAUGGGGAUGCCUCCUUCAACCCCUCCUCUUUGUUUAAUGCCAUCACAACAAAAGGAAAGGGAGAAAAAUACAUCUUCCAUGAGACUUUGGGGCUAGAGGCGCUGGAGAUGGGCGAGCAGGUCGCCCCGACGCCUGUCGGGUGUUGUAGUUCUCCACCGCCGUGUUGCCCACUCUGCCUGCUUUGGGCCGCCCCGCUUUUCUUUUGUGGACGUGGCGAGGGGCGUCCGCCGCAACCAGUUCUCAUUGGCCCCGCCCCCGGGGCUCUUCUGAGCUCUCAUUGGUCAGAGGGCGGGGCCUCUGCGCUACCGGGGGUGGGGUCUGACUGGAGAGCCGCCAAGUUGGGUAUCUUUGGAGAGCGCAGAGCUGAGCGUGGAGCGCAAAUCGAGGCCGGAUAACGGGGGACCGAUAAUGUGGCCAGCAUCACUUCUGCUGCUUCUGUUGCUGCUGAGGCGCGGGACCCAGGGAAAGCCUUCUCCCGACGCUGGCCCUCAUGGCCAGGGGAGGGUGCACCAGGCGGUCCCCCUAAGUGAGGCCACUCAUGAUGACGCCCACGGGAACUUCCAGUACGACCAUGAGGCUUUCCUGGGACGGGAAGUGGCCAAGGAAUUCGACCAACUCAGCCCAGAGGAAAGCCAGGCCCGGCUGGGGCGGAUCGUGGACCGCAUGGACCGCGCGGGAGACGGGGACGGCUGGGUGUCGCUGGCCGAGCUUCGCGCGUGGAUCGCGCACACGCAGCAGCGGCACAUACAGGACUCGGUGAGCGCGGCCUGGGACACGUACGACACGGACCACGACGGGCGUGUGGGUUGGGAGGAGCUGCGCAACGCCACCUAUGGCCACUACGCGCCCGGGCAAGAAUUUCAUGACGUGGAGGACGCUGAGACCUAUAAGAAGAUGCUGGCUCGGGAUGAGCGGCGUUUCCGGGUGGCUGACCAGGAUGGGGACUCAAUGGCCACUCGAGAGGAGCUGACAGCCUUCCUGCACCCUGAGGAGUUCCCUCACAUGCGGGAUAUCGUGGUCGCCGAAACCAUGGAGGACCUGGACAAGAACAAAGAUGGCUAUGUCCAAGUGGAAGAGUACAUCGCGGACCUGUACUCAGAGGAGGCUGGGGAGGAGGAGCCCGCCUGGGUAGAGACAGAGCGACAACAGUUCCGAGAUUUCCGGGAUCUGAACAAGGAUGGGCGGCUGGAUGGCAGUGAGGUCGGCCACUGGGUGCUGCCCCCCUCCCAGGACCAGCCUCUGGUGGAGGCCAACCACCUGCUGCACGAGAGCGACACCGACAAGGAUGGCCGUCUGAGCAAGGCCGAAAUCCUGGGUAAUUGGAACAUGUUUGUGGGCAGCCAGGCCACCAACUACGGGGAGGACCUGACACGGCACCAUGAUGAGCUCUGAGCCCCCGUGGGCCUGCCACAGCCUCGUGGCCCCGUGGGUGGCGUGAGGAGGGGAGGCGGUGGCAGCCCCCUUCUUGUCCGGUCCUGAGGGAUGCAGAUGCAGCUCGGGUGUCCCCUGCUCCUGGGUUCUCAGGGACCCAUGUGGCUCAACUCUUCCUGAGACACCCGGGCCCCCCACCCUGCCCCUGCCCGGGGCUCUCAGAGACCGGAGGAUGAACGACACCCAUUUCUCACUGGCAGAAUCUCCCAGCUUCCAAGAGCCCCCCUGACUGCCACAGGCCCAAAUCUGAGCCUCACCCACAAACUGAGAAACUCACCUGGCUCUCACCAACCCCAGCGCUGUCCCAGGCACCUCCCCUCUGCCAGGGGGACAAUAAAUCCCAGUGCUGGGGCCUCGACCGUGUGUCUGUCUCUCUGAGGGGGUGAUGGGGCCUGGGGAGGGCUGUGGCUGGGAGCAGAGCAUGCUGGU